AUGUUACGCCGUAAGUCAACUGCAGACUGUAUCAAUGAUUCGUUCAGAGGGACAGAGUCCGACUACCCUUUAUACAACUCGAUCUGCGAAAACGACAUAUUGACGUUACAGGAAGUGCUUGGCUCUCCCGAGGCUUCAUAUUUGUUGCAGACUGGCGAUGGCUGUUGGGGCACUCCGCUUCACGUGGUAAUCUAUCUGGACAACAUCGAGGCAGUAAAUCUGCUUUUGCAAGCUGGUGUUGAUGUUGCUACCAACUCGUCUGUAAAUGAACAGCGCUUGUUACCACUGGCACUUGCAGCGCGUGUGGGCAAUCAACGAUUGCUUUGGCGAUUGUGGAACCAUCUGCGCUCCCAGUCUGAACCAGAAGAUAUUCCAAAUGUUGAUUCUUGCCCUUUCCAAGCCUCGAUAAACGGGCAAAUCCCCAUCUUACGUUCUCUAGUAGGCUGGUGGGAGUGGACCGCGGAAGCCAAGAAUGAAGCCUUGUUUUGGGCGGCACGAAGCUGGAAGGCAUAUUCUGCCGAGCUCCUCACAUCCGAGCUGUCCUUCAGUCAAGAAUCCCUGAACAAGGCUUUCGGACUUGCAGUGGAUUUCAAGCCUUUAUUGGGGGACGAAAUGAGCAUCGAUUACAACGGCGACGAUUAUCUCGAACAGCAACUUUUGAUUUCGCACUUAGUCGACGCUGGAGCUGAUUCGAACGUUAUCGUUGACAGGCAACCUAUUAUUCUGACUGCCGCUCGUCACAUCAAUCUCGUAGGAGCUUUGAAGGUGUUGCUGGAGAAGGGAGCCAACCCUAACGCUACCGACCAGGGAGGGAAAACAGCGUUGCAUUUUCUUGGCUCACCAGCCGCUAUACACCAAAAUGGACCUGCUGUGCGCAUGAAUGAGAUCGGCGUUCGCCUUCUUCUUGGCCAUGGUGCCUCUGUCCUGCAAGGAGAUGAUGCGUCUGGAGCAACUCCUCUCCAUGCGGCUGCUUUUAGCGCCAAUCCCAGACCUCUUUAA